AUGUUUAUCAAUGGUCUCAAAUAUAUACCACCAUGUCAAAUACGAUACGCUCGUCAAUCAAUCGAGAAAAUUCUUACUGAACAAUAUCAAAAUAUAUCUAGUAUUGUACAACAAUGUGUCACAGAUAAUAUUAUGUCAAUCACAGAUGAACGAGCAAAACGAGCGAUUGCCGAUUUAGAACGUACUGUACAAGAAAUAAAGUAUACAAGAAUUUCAAGAAAAUUACAUCUCCGUGCUCAAUUUGAACAACGCAUUAUUCGAAGUAUUCGACAUUUACUACGUCAACGACCUAAUAUUGUUUUAUGUCGUGCUGAUCAAACAAAAGUAUUGUAUUGUGGUCAUCGGGAGACAAUGGUUGCCAAAGCACAUGACAAUAUGAAUAGAACAGAAUCUUAUCAACAUAUGAGCAAUGGUCGUUGUCCUUUAGCGGAUAUCGUACAUGCUGUUCAUACAUUGCUUAAUAGUCUUGUACAACAAAAAGGUUUAACAAACGAUCAAUAG